AUGUCGUCCCAACUGUCUGGUGCUGGCGGAACAGGCAACAUCCCGAGACCUGGUCCGUCCCGCUCCGGGAGCCUGCCUCAAGGAACGGGCCAGUCCUCAGAGACCUCUGCCGCGCAGCCGCCCUUCGAUAUUAACAACUUCCCUUUUACGUUUGAGCAUGUACACGAUGCAUCUCAUUCUGCCCGUAUCGAAGCCGACACAGACCCUUCGAUGACAGCAAGUCGUCAAUGGGACGAUGAAUCGAUCACAAGUAGUGUUUCGGCAUACAGAGAAGAAAAUGGCAGAACCUAUCAUGCCUAUAGUGAUGGAUCUUGGCACUACCCGAAUGAUCCAUGGGAGCUUGAACGACUGGACUGGCAGUUUGUCUGCUUGAAGCGCUUGUUUAACGACAAGAAUUAUUUUGCUCCUUGGACGCAACAGCGACCUCCUAGACGAAUCCUCGACAUCGCGACUGGCACAGGAAUGUGGGCUAUCGAAGUAGCUGAAGAAUUCGAGUCUGCGACAGUCAUCGGGACUGAUCUAUCACCAGUGCAACCUGAAUUGGUUCCUCCGAACUUGCACUUUUACAUUCAUGAUGCGAGGACAAAUGACUGGUGGUGGCCAGAUCCUUUCGACUAUAUCCAUUUGCGCAUGACGCUGGGUGCCUGGGCCGAUUUCGAGCAAGACGUUGCGCGUAAGGCCUUCAAUCACCUUGAACCUAACGGCUGGUUCGAAGCCCAGGAGCUGUGUCCCAGCUUCAUGUGUGACGAUGACUCGAUGGCUCCCGACUAUGCGCCAAAACUGUUGUUUGACGACCUGCUGGACUGUGCAAGGGCAGAACAACGACCGAUUGACAUCGCCAAGACGUACAAGCAAAGCCUGAUAAACGCAGGCUUUGUCGACGUUACCGAGCAAGUCUACAAGAUACCCAUCAAUGGGUGGCCGAAACAGGUGAAUUGGAAGACCCUCGGAGACCUGUGGAAUGCGAAUUGUCUGGACGGCAUCCAGGGCAUAGCAAUGGCGCUUCUGCACCGCGUGAGAAGGCUGAAGCGUCAUCAGAUCGAGAUACACCUGAUGGAAACGAGACGAGCCCUCUCGGACAAGCGCGUACACGCUUACCAAAAGUUCUACGUCGUCCUAGGACGGAAACCCAGACCCGACGAAAUGGUCACGACACCGGGCGCUACAGCGAGCGCAUCAGCGAGCACAUCCAACACUUAG